CACUGUCAAGGCAUCGGCUGCAGUGCACAAACAAAUUGCGCAACAACUGGUCUAACAGUCCCGUUUCUGAGACGUGGUUUGAAAAGCUAAUGUUGCGGGACAUCAUGGUGUCAAACCCGAGGCAUUGGGCGUAACGCAACAGCUGCUGCUGCAAUGUCAGGAAUUCAGCACCACUUGAACUAGCCCCGCCGAACAGGGUCCCAGGACUUUGUUAAAUACCACUGAAUGGAGGGAGAUACAGAGAAGACUGAAGUAAAGGCUAGUGAUGACAUCAAACUUUCAGGUCAUGAGGUUACAGCGGGGGGCUCAGCAGCUGUCCAAGACGUGGGCUCGGCGGACGACCAGUCUCUACCCAUCAUGCAUUGGGAGGCAUUGAGUUUGCGAAUAGCUGAACUUGAAAAACAAGAGGAGGAGAGGAGGGAGAGGGCAAAGACUUUGAAUAUACCAGAGCGAGGGAGAGUCUUUGGCAGUUGGAAGGAGGACCGACAGCAUCCCUUUCCCACGGGCCAGUGGGUAGACUCCGAUGAGGAUGACUGUGGGGGAUGCCGUUCACCUGUCAUUAAGUCUCGGUUUAAUAGUCAGAAAAACCUUCAGCUCUGCUUCAUCAAUAACAGUGAGAGUGAUGAGGAUGAGAAAUCUGGUAGUGAGUGUUCCAAAGAGUCUGAGGCGCGAGGGGGCCAGUCUCCGGGUCUAAAGCUGGAGGUCCAGGCUGCGCUGAGAACUCUGCGGGAUCAGCUUUUAGCCGAGCAGAAGGAGAAGGAGCGCCUGACUUGCAGUGAAUCUGCCAUGAGGAGGAAGCUGCUUGACCGUGGUGACCUCCAGACGUGCUCUGUGCAACAGCUAGACUCACUAAGGGAGUCCCUCCUCCAGGACAUCCAUGAUCUGAGUUCCCAGUUGGUCGCUCAGCUCUUAGUACGGGAUCAUUUACGGACAAAGCAGGACGCUAUGCUUCUGGAUGUACAGGAUAUGACAUCAUUGUGACAAAGGAACAAUUUGGACAGGACCCCAAUCCAAACAGUUUACUUUGUGUGGCGAGUUAUCGCCUUACUUUCCCACAUCUCUGUCCAGCCUGUCUGGGUUUCGCAAGAUUUUACCAUGCAACAAAAUUGUAGCAUUCCAUAUACUCCUACGCAAGAGGACAUCAUCAUCUUCAGACCAGUUUCCUGUUUGUUUGAAGGGAAACUUUAAGUUUGGCAUAAGAUGGUGAAUCUUACAAGAGAUUUACUGGUGCUAUACAGUAUGUAAAUAGGUUUAAUUAUUACAUUGUUGUCACAAGUUUUAUUGUGUGAACCCUCUUGUUUUUAAGUGUUUAAUUUAUAAUGAAGAGGUUGCUUAAAAAAUAAACUACAUCUCAGUUUUAGUGUCUAUGUCGAAUCACAAACAAGCUACCAUCAGUUGUAAUACUAUAAUUGAUGUUUUGGUCAGAGCCUUUCAUUUUUACAACAACUUAAAGCUGCAAAUGUUCUUAGGCUGUCACAGUUGUCUUUAAGGAUAACAUCAUUACUAGCCUAUAUAAUCAUUUUUCAUAAUAUUAUGCAUUUUUUGCAUUUAAUAAAUGUAAUUUUAUAUAAAGUUA